AUGUCACUCACCUCCAUUCUAUCAGCUGAGGCCGUUGAAAAAGCUGUCAAGGACUGUGAAGCUCCAGACUCGUUCUGCCACAAGAAGUUCUUCCAGAUGUGUGGCUUGUCCUCAAAGACCCCUCAGGAGGUCAGAGAUGUCUUCCAGAUCCUGGACGAGGACAAGAGCGGCUACAUCGAGGAAUCUGAGCUCAAGUUCUUUCUGCAGCGGUUCAUCCCUGGAGCUCGAACCCUGAGCGAAGCAGAAGCCAAGAAAUUCAUCUCAUCAGCUGAUGACAACAGUGAUGGCAGAAUUGGAGUAGAUGAAUUCCAGACGAUGGUCCUGUCCUGA